CCCUCGUCUCAUUACUCUCCACAAUUAAACUACCCUCAGCCCCCUGUACCCCCGCCCCCUGCUCCCCCAGCUAAUUUCCCCGCAGCUCCCCCACCACCUCCGGUAGCUUUGGCCCCCCAGAGUGCGGGGCCCCCUCCCCCUCCUCCCCCAUCCAUGCCUUCCGAACCAGGUGUUGUCGGUGAGAUUAGGAAACCGCCUCCGGAAGUUGACCAGCGAUCAGAUUUUCUCCUUGCAAUUGAAAAAGGUAUGCACCUUCGUAAAGUGGAGAAGAAGGAUGACAGCAAACCGUCAUCUGCUUACGGCAAUGACGUUGCUUCCAUCCUGAAGCGAAGAAUUGCCUUUGAGGUGUCUGAUACUGAAAGUGAAGAUGAAGAAUCGGAAGAAGAGGGAUCCGAUGAAUGGUCUGACUGAUCACAUGACUGGUCACAUGACUUAUAUCGCAUGACUCAGUAGUUGUACUAGAUCAUACAAACUGGACAUUCACAAGAAUUUCCGUAAUUAUAUUAGAAUUGUAAAAAUGUGAAUAGCUAUUUUAUUUCCACGUGUGUGUGUGGGUACAUAA